GAUCGAUUGGGUACAUUCGCAUCAAACCAUGCGGCAGCGAAUGCGUAUGGCCAAGAUAUCAGGUCAAUAGCGACCGAUGUCUUAGACGAUGAAAACCCACGGCCUUACGUAAUUGUGGGCGGGCCUCCAUGCCAAGGAUUUUCAUCUAUUCGGCCUUUCAGAAAUGUUGAUUGGGCCGAUCCGCGCAAUAAUCUUGCAGAAGAAUUUUGCCGCAUUGUCAACGAUCUCCGCCCUGAGUGGGUAGUUUUUGAAAAUGUUGUCGGCUUACUUACGCAUGAAAAAGGAAAGAGCGCCCGCGCCAUUCAAGAGGCCUUUGAAGAAAUUGGCUACAGAACUGAUGCCCGAGUACUCAAUUCUGCUUACUAUGGUGUCCCUCAACGACGAGAGCGCCUGAUUAUAGUAGGAAGCCUUCGAAAUAAGCGGUUCAAAUGGCCCACCCCCACGCACCAAAUAGAUGCCCGAAGCAUGGUUGGGGAUUCUAAUUUAAUCAUCAAACCGGAAAAACGCGCUGGGGCGUGCUUACCGCGUGCGGUAACACUAGAUGAAGCCUUGCAUGACCUGCCUGAAUUGCAAUCGGGAGAGGCAAGUAAUCUAUACCGCGACAAUGUUCAUCCUACCGACCGUUUAGCUGGAGAUGAGCCUAGCGUAACACUUACCGUCAAUUUUGUUCAUCCCGCAUCGAAUAGAUGCAUUCAUCCUCAUCAAGAUCGCGCACUAACUCCACGUGAAGGCGCACGCAUCCAAGGCUUUUUCGACACUUUUAAUUUUGUUGGAUCGAGAGCACAAGUUGUUAAGCAAAUUGGCAAUGCAGUAUCGCCUAUUCUAGGGAAAAAAAUAGCUGAGGCUAUUAUUGAGAGUGAU